GUUCGAUAUCACAAACACAGUGAGGCAGUACCGUAAAGGGCAUCGGUGGCCGGUUUGUGCCCGAGCCAGUCUGCACUUUGCCGAGUCAUCUGCACAUUCGUUGCUAGCAGUAGUAGUGGUGGUCGUGCAACCUGUUGAAGAUAUCCGAUCGACACUGACACUGGCUGUCGUACGCACCCGUCUGUAUCGUAAUCGCACCGCACCACAAGGGAGAGAAAGUAGUAACGCGAACUGUGUGGUACUAUCGUUUUUCAGUAACCGGCGGACAGCAAGCACACACAAUGGCACGGAACCGCAUGGUCGUGUACUUCUUCACCCUGCUGCACCUGGUGAUCGACAAGGUGCUGUACCUGUGUCUGAAAUGGUACUGGGGCCCAAGCAAGCGGCGCUGCCCGACUCUGCAGCGCAAGCGGCUCCUCGUCACGUACAGUGCGGUCGAGCUGGCGCGGAUGAUACGUACGCGCGAGGUGUCCUGUUACGAUGUGAUCAGCGCGUUUAUCGAUCGCCUCAACGAGGUCAACCCGCUGGUGAACGCCGUGCUCGACGGUCCGUUCAUCGAUGCGCUCGAGGAGGCGCGCCGUAUCGACGAGCGGCUGCAGCAGGGCACGAUCGGUGAGGCCGAACUCGCGGCGAAACCGUUCCUGGGCGUACCGUUCACGACGAAAGACAGCACGGCGGUCAAGGACCGGCUGCACACGCUCGGUAUCGUCGCGAGGCGCACGGUCCGGGCGAACAACGACGCGGAGUGUGUCCGGCUGAUGAAGGAGGCGGGCGCAAUUAUUAUCGCGACCACGAGCAUCCCGGAAAUUAAUCGAUGGCAAGAGACACGCAACAACAUUAUCGGCCAGACAAACAACCCGUACGAUAAUCGGCGCACGGUUGGUGGAUCUAGCGGAGGGGAGGGUGCACUCCUAGCGGCUUGCGGGACACCGAUCGGAUUGGGAACCGACAUUGGAGGUUCGAUCCGCAUGCCCGCCUUUUACUGUGGCGUUUACGGUCACAAGCCAACCACCGGCAUCAUCAACACACGCGGCUGCUCGUUGCGCACCGGGCGCGAACCCUCCACCAUGGUUGUGGCCGGACCGAUGACCCGCUACGCAACGGAUCUGCUCCCCCUCAUGCAGGUACUGGUGGGUCCGGAAAAGAGCACCAGCCUGCGCUUCGACGAACCGGUCGAUGUGCGCAAGCUGCGCUACUUCUACAUCACCGAAUCGGGCGACAUUAAGUGCAGUGCGGUGCAACCCUCGCUACAGAAAGCGAUGGACCGCGUGGUGCAGCACUUUGGCGAGAUUGCACCGGCCGGUGUGCGCAAGGUAACGCUCAGCGGCACCGACCGAACGACCAACAUGUGGCGCUACUGGAUGACGCAGGAGCCGGCCAACUUUGGCACGCUGCUGGGCAAUGGGAAACCGCUCAGCCCGCUGGUGGAGCUGGCCAAGAAGCUGACCGGCCGGAGCGAGUACACGAUGGCGUCGAUCUACUCGCUCAUGGAUACGUUGCUGCCGCAGGAAAAGGAGGACGUGAUCAAGGAGCUGACGCGUCGCUGCGAUCAGGAGCUAACGGAGCUGCUCGGUGACGAUGGGGUACUGUUCUACCACAGCACUACGCACGCGGCACCGUACCAUUACGGGGCGUUCGUGAACGUGUACAACUUUAGCUACUGGUGUCUGUUUAACGUGCUGCACGUACCGGCCACCCAGGUGCCGCUCGGGCUGGAUGGGGAUGGGCUACCGCUCGGCAUACAGGUCGUGGCGAGUCGUAACCGGGACCGGCACUGUUUGGCGGUGGCGGAAGAGAUCGAGCGCGUGUUUAACGGGCGCAUUCCACCGUUCAUUGUGGAUUAGUUGGGGUGUUUCUCAGUUUCUUUUUCGCCCUUAGGACAGUCGUACUACGAUGUCCAAUAUUGAUCGGUCACGGAGGCAGAGUGAAGUUGAAGUACGUCAGUUGGGUUAUAUUAUUUAUUCGUUAGCUUAUGCAAUGGUCGUGUUUGUUUGUUCUUCUUUAAAUUCUUGGUCGUUAAAUUAAACUCGUAACAAAUAAUACACCUCUUCUUCCAAUGCGGUCAAUUAUCGUUGUACAUGGCUAGUAAGAGUAGUAAGUCGAGGGAACUUUUUGGGUCAUUUUGGGGGUAAAAAAGCACUAAACAAAAGCCUCUCUAAACUGAACGAGUUAACUUAAAAUUAAAAAUAAAAUACUAUUUAAUAUCGGAAUAAAGGAAGGGGUAUUAAUAAAGGGACCAUAACAUAUAGA